AUGUCAUCGUUUAUAUUAAAAUGGAUUACAAAUCGUCUUAUAAAAGAUAAUCAAUGGAAUAAAUUCGGGGUAGAAGAUCCUUAUUAUGAAUAUAUUGUAACAAAUGUAUCCAAAAAUGGUGAUAAAAAAUAUAAGAAAGUUGAAAGAAAAAUACCUGAAGGAAUAACUGAAAAAGAUAUUAAGAUAUUGAAAUUAUUUAAAAAAAGAGCUUAUCGUUAUGAUUAUUGGUUUUCUAUAAUGGGAGUACAAUUUGGUUGGACUAAUAUUGUCAGUAUGGUUCCAAUAAUUGGUACAAUUAUACAAACUUUUUGGUCAUUACAAUUAUUAUAUUUAGCAAAACAAAUUACUGAUGGUUUACCAUUAGAUUUACAAUUACUAUUCUUGUUAAAUAUAGCUAUUGAUUUUGGUUUGGGACUUAUUCCAAUUGUUGGUAGUAUAGUUGAAAUUGGUUAUAAAGCAAAUUCAAGAAAUUAUUUAUUAUUAGAAAAGCAUUUAUUAAGAGUUGGUGAAAAAAAUAUGGGAAUUAUAAGUAAAGAUGAAGUUAGACCAGGAUUUAUAAAUGAUACUGUACAACCAUAUAUUGAUGACAAAGUAAAACCAUAUAUUGAUGACAAAGUAAAACCAUAUUUUGAUGAAACAAUAAAACCAAAUGCUAUAAAAGCAGGUGAUCAAAUUUUAGAAUUAUUAAAUAGAAAAACAAGAUCUACAAGCACUUCAUCAGAAGCUUCAAAUUCUACUUCGAGUGGGGCUUUUACAACUCAAACAAGUAAUACAACUGCUACAUAUUCCACUACAAAUCCAAGAGUAUCUUCUGGUGCAAACGAAAAAUUCAAAUCUGAUGAUUCUACUUUAUUAGGUGAUCAUUCAAAUGGUAAAGAUGAUAGUAAAUCAAUAAGGAGUAUCAAAAGUUUAAAUGAAAGACAAAAAAAGCUUGGUGAAGAAAAUUUAGAAAAUCAUUAA